UCUCUCUCUCUCUCUCUGUCUGCCUGUCUCUCUCUCUUGCCCCCUCAAGUGUCAUUUUCUAACACAUACUUCACACAAAUCAUCCAACCCUUCGCUUCAUACCUUGUCAUUGCUCUUCUCUCUCCCUCUCUCUCCCUCUCAAUCGCUCUCAUCUCUAAUCUCUCUGCAACUUCUCCUCAGAUUGAUCAAAACACACACCCCCCCCCCCAUCUCAACUCCCACAAGGAAUUGAACUCGCCCAACAUCUUCAUCGCGUUCCAAUUCAAAGAACCAUACUCACAGGUCUGCAUCUUUCUCAUCCUAGAGCAUCGGUAACAACAAAGAGGAAGAGGAAGAGGAAGAGGAAGAGAGAGGAAGGUAAUUCCAAAGGACAGACUUUGGGCUCGUUUGGUUCACAUGAACAUGGAGCUCUUCCCGGCACAGCCUGACUUAUCGCUGCAAAUAAGCCCUCCCAACAGCAAACCCACCUCGACAUGGAGGAGAUCGACAGAUCAAGAAGAGGCCAACUUGACCUUCUGGAAGAAGGCCUUGGACUCCAGAAGCUCUCUCUCCUCCGUGUCGAGACCCGACGCUCGACCCGAACUCUCUCCGUCGUCGAACACCCGGUUCGCUGGGUCUGGACCCGACGCUUAUCCUCUCCUCCAGAGACGAAGCAGCAGCAACCACCUCGUCCAUCGUUUUCAAGAAAAGAACCCCAAGCAUGUUUAUCAGCAGCAUCUGCAUCAUCAUCCGCUAGGCCAAGAGGUCGGCACAUUGAGACCCAUCGGCGGAAUUCCACUAUACCAGAACACUUCUUUUCCAUUUUCUCACCAUCAACAACUACAGUCUCUUGAUGUUAUUGCCAAUUCUUCACUCUCUUCCCUGGCUAAUAACACCGCCAUGAGCUGCUCGAGUCCUAAUAGAUUCCACUCCCACGGUUUGAUGCGGUCGAGGCUCACGUCGAGGUUCCCUGGGGCCAAACGCGGCACGAGGGCUCCUCGGAUGCGGUGGACCACCACGCUCCAUGCCCGGUUUGUCCGCGCCGUUGAGCUGUUAGGCGGCCAUGAAAGAGCUACACCAAAGUCAGUUCUUGAGUUAAUGGAUGUGAAAGAUCUCACCUUGGCGCAUGUGAAAUCUCAUUUACAGAUGUACAGAACCGUGAAGACGACUGAUAAGACAGCUGGUUCUUCAGGACAAUCUGAAGUACUUGAUAAUGCAUCAUCUGGAGAUACCUCAGAAGAUUUAGUGUUCGAAAUUGGUAACUCAAGAAGGCCCGAGACAUCAAUUCAACAAGGAGAACCGAAUAAUCAAGAAAAGGAUUACAAUGCCCUAAAGUGGAGCAAAUCACCAAGUCUCUCCAGUCUCAACAUGUUUGGUUGGUUUCUAGCAGGGAAGCUUGGAAGCAAGGAAAACUACAAGAAGAUGAUUUCAUAAGAAAUUGCGCGACAUACAUUGAGGAAGAUGGUAAUCCAAAGUGCCCAAGCAAUGAGAGAAUAUCAGAUGUGAGCUCAUCAAAUCUUUCAGGGACAAGCAAUAACAUGAAGCCCAAUCUGGAGUUCACAUUGGGAAGAUCAUCUUCACAUUAAUUGCUUUUUGCUUUUUUGUUUUUUUCUCUCCUGUGCACUACUCAUUUUAAAAUCAUUAUACCUCUUAAGGGGUACUGCUCUGUGUAUAGAA